AUGAAGAAGGUGCGGGCGAGGCCGCGGCGGAUCCCGGCGUUCGGCGAGUGGAACUACUACGACGACGGCGGGUACGGGUACGGCGACGGCGCCGGCGACUGGCCGGCCACCCAGUGCUUGGACUCCGCCAUGCAGGCCGGCCUGUUCGUCUCGUUGCCGGCUUCACCGAAGCCACUCAAGAAGGUGGUAAAGUGGGGUGACAGCGGCACGCUGGAGGUGGACGGGGAGCAGAGGCAGAGGCAGAGGCAGAAGGUGGUGGUGGGGCUGCGCGAAGAGCACGGGCCGAGGAAGCAGCAGCAGGGGAAGCCCAUAGAAAUUUACCUGAAAGUGUCUGACGCCGCCGACGCCCACCUCGCCGCGAGCUGCACCAAAACCCGCAGGGCGAGGGUGGUCAAAGCCGUGGACGAGGACCUCUACGUGAUCCCGCCGGACAUGCUCUGCCACAACAACCCACGCAAGAGGCUGACGAAAAGGCUGUGGAUCGGGUGUCUCGGCUGCGUCUCCGCCUAG